AUCCCUCCACUUCCCGAGCACAGGGGCGCCCCUCGCCGCGCCGCCCAGCCGCCAUCCCCCAGCCGCCGCUCUGCCAAAGCCAGGAUCGCCCCAUGAUCGCCCCAUGCGGAGGGCAAAGUCGCGCCGAGGACCGUGUGAGCCUGUGCUGAGAGCCCCUCCCCGCAUCUGCUACAGCCCCAGCAGCCCUGUGCAGAUUCUAGAAGAGCCCGCCUACUUCUCCCCAGACGCGCAGCUCUAUUCCGGGAGGCAUGAAGCAUCUCCUUUGACAGUAGAGGCAACUGGAGGCCUGAGGGGGAAAGGCGUGGAGGACCCUCUCUCCAGCUUCCACUCCCCGAGCUUCCCGAGGAUCGCAGAGGUGGAAAUGAGAGGUUCUGAGGACGUGGCUGCUGGCACAGUGUUACAGCGCCUGAUCCAGGAACAACUGCGCUAUGGCACCCCGACGGAGACCAUGAACCUGCUGGCCAUCCAGCACCAGGCCGCGGGGAGUGCAGGGCCAGCCCACGCCGCCCACCACUGUUCUUCCACGGAGACCCUCACUCAAGAAGACCCACAAAUGGUCUUCCAGUCAGCCCGCCAGGAGCCGCAGGGUCAAGAGCACCAGGGGGACAAUACGGUGAUGGAGAAGCAGGUUCGCGCCACUCAGCCUCAGCAGAACAACGAGGAGCUGCCCACAUAUGAGGAGGCCAAGGCCCAGUCUCAGUUCUUCAGGGGGCAGCAGCAGCAGCAGCAGCCGCAGCAGCCGCAGCCGCAGCAGGGACAGGGGCCCCUCGGCCACACUUACUACAUGGCCGGCACCAGUCAGAAGUCGCGCACGGAGGGGAGGCCCACAGUGAGCCGGGCCAACAGUGGACAGGCUCACAAGGAUGAGGGCCUCAGAGAGCUGAAGCAGGGCCACGUCCGAUCCCUCAGCGAGAGGAUCAUGCAGCUGUCGCUGGAGAGGAACGGGGCUAAGCAACACCUCCCCAGCUCGGGACCCGGGAAGGGCGUCAAGGCCGGAGGAGGAGGGCCGUCCCCUGCACAGCCUGCCUGCAAAGCGCUAGACCCCCGCGGCCCUCCUCCCGAAUACCCAUUCAAGGCCAAGCCAGUGAUGUCCCCGGGCAGCAAGAACCAAGACCACGGGCUUUACUACAGUGACCAGCGCCCUGGAGUACUCCACGACAUGGUCACACCUUACCCGGCACCUCAGCCUGCCAGGACAGAAGUGGCUGUCCUGAGGUACCAGCCACCCCCAGAGUACGGGGUCACCAGCCGGCCUUGCCAGCUUCCUUUUCCAUCCACGGUGCAGCAGCAUAACCCCAUGUCCUCUCAGACUUCCUCCGCCGGUGGGCCUCUGCACUCCGUCUCCCUGCCUCUCCCGCUUCCCAUGAGCCUGGCGGCUCCACAGCUUCCGCCGGCCUCCCCCAGCCAGCAGCUCGGACCAGACGCCUUUGCGAUUGUGGAGAGAGCCCAGCAAAUGGUGGAGAUCCUCACAGAAGAGAACCGUGUGCUGCACCAGGAGCUUCAGGGCUGCUAUGACAACACCGACAAGCUUCACAAGUUUGAGAAAGAGUUGCAGAGGGUUUCAGAAGCCUAUGAGAGCCUGGUCAAGUCCACCACCAAGCGUGAGUCGCUAGACAGAGCAAUGCGAAACAGGCUGGAGGGCGAGAUCCGGAGACUUCAUGACUUCAACAGGGAUCUGCGAGAUCGACUGGAGACAGCCAACAGGCAGCUAACCAGCAGGGACUAUGAUGGCCAUGAAGACAAAGCUGCGGAGGGCCAUUACAUGUCCCAGAACAAAGAAUUCUUGAAGGAGAAGGAAAAGUUGGAAAUGGAGUUGGCAGCAGUGCGGAAUGCAAGCGAGGACCAUCGGAGGCACAUUGAGAUCCUGGACCAGGCUUUGAGCAAUGCCCAGGCCAGAGUGAUCAAGCUGGAGGAAGAGUUGCGAGAGAAGCAAGCCUAUGUGGAGAAGGUCGAGAAGCUGCAGCAGGCUCUGAGCCAGCUGCAGUCUGCGUGUGAGAAGCGAGAGCAGAUGGAGCGCAGGCUGCGGACUUGGCUGGAGAGGGAGCUGGAUGCUCUGAGGACACAGCAGAAACAUGGAAAUGGCCAGCCAGCCAGUCUCCCAGAAUACAACGCCCCUGCCCUCUUGGAACUCGUACGGGAGAAGGAGGAGCGGAUUCUAGCCUUGGAGGCAGACAUGACCAAGUGGGAGCAGAAAUACCUGGAAGAAAGCACCAUCCGGCAUUUUGCCAUGAGUGCUGCAGCUGCGGUCACGGCUGAGAGGGACACCACCAUCAUCAACCACUCGAGGAAUGGCAGCUAUGGCGAGAGCUUGCUGGAGGCCCACAUCUGGCCAGAGGAAGAGGAGGUGGUACAGGCUAACCGGAGGUGUCAGGACAUGGAGUACACUAUUAAAAACCUCCACGCCAAAAUCAUAGAGAAGGACGCCAUGAUAAAGGUCCUUCAGCAACGAUCCCGUAAGGAUGCUGGGAAGGCGGAUUCUUCCAGCCUGCGUCCCGCCCGCUCUGUCCCAUCCAUUGCUGCAGCCACCGGGACACAUUCCCGGCAGACGUCACUUACCAGCAGCCAGCUGAUGGAAGAGAAGGAGGAGGAGAAGGUCUGGAAGGGGAGCAUCGGGUUGCUGCAGGGGAAGGAGCAUCAGGGACAGGCGUCUGCGCCUCUGCUGCCGACCACACCCGCCGCGGCACUGUGUCCAGCUUCCACGGCGGCCAGCAGCGCCCACGCCAAGACAGGUAGCAAGGAGAGCAGCACACAGACGGACAGGAGCGUGGAGCUCUUCUGGCCCAGCAGCGUGGCUUCCCUGCCCGGCAGAGGCAGGCUGAGCACUGGCCCUCACAGCAGCCCCGUCCUGAAGCAUCCAGCUGCCAAGGGACCCAUGGAGAAACCCGAGAGCUCUCCUGGCCACGGGAAGUCGGCAGACCACAGAGGCCGCGUCAGCAGCUUGUUACACAAACCCGAGUUCCCGGAGGGGGAGAUGAUGGAAGUGCUCAUCUAGACCUCGUCCUGGAGC